AUGCCCCGCCGCAACGCCGUCUCGUGGUCCGCCGCCAUCGCGGGGCUCACGCAGGGGGGCCGGCCCCGCGACGCGCUCGCGCUAUUCCGCCGGAUGCGCCUCGCCGGGUGCCCGCCCAACGAGUUCGCACUGGCGAGCGCGCUCAGCGCGAGCUCGCUCGCACCCGCAGGCGCCGGGUGCGCGCCGCAGCUCUACGCGCUCUCGGUGCGGCUUGGCUUCGGCUCCAGCGUCUUCCUGACGAACGCGUUCCUCGCUGCCAUGGCCCGUCACGGUCAGCUCGAGGACGCGGUGCGGCUGUUCGACGGCUCUUCCAUCCGGGACAUCGUCUCUUGGAACACGCUGCUCGCGGGGUUCGCGCGCCACUGGAGCGUGCAGGGUUGGAUCCUGUGGCGAAGGAUGGCCAGGGAAGCUGUUGGCGCCGACGGGUUCUCGUUCAGCACAGUCCUUUCUGGACUGGCGGCUAGCGCGAGCUUGGCGAGCGGUCUGCAAGUUCACGCCCAGGUCGUCAAGAGUGGCUUUGGCGAUGAUGUGUAUGUGGGGAACUCCUUGGUGGAGAUGUAUAUGAAGAGCAGAUGCCUAGCAGAUGGCACCAUGGCGUUCGCCGAGAUCCGCGGCAAAGAUGUUGUGUCGUGGACAGGGAUGGCCACUGGCUGCCUACACUGCGGUGAGCCUGCCAAGGCGAUUGGCAUUCUCAGUCAGAUGAUGCUGGACGGAGUCAUGCCCAACAACUACACAUUUGCAACGUCGGCUAAUGUCUGCGCAAGCCUCACCGACCUUGACGAAGGAAGGAAAGUUCACGGGUAUGUGAUCAAGCUGGGAGACGACUCCGACAUUGGCGUCAACAAUGCGCUCAUCGACAUGUAUGCAAAAUGCGGCCAAGGUGGGUUCGUGGACGAAGGUUGGAUUUACUUCAAUGCCAUGGAGGACAAGUUUGGCAUUCAGCCCGGCGAGGACCACUACGCCUGCAUGGUCGAUCUCCUUGGCAAAGCAGGCCAUAUCCAGGAGGCUGAAGAGCUGAUAUCAAGGAUGCCGUUCCAACCUGGCGUUCUGGUCUGGCAGACCUUGCUUGGUGCCUGUCACCGUCAUGGCAACGAGGCUGUUGGCAGGAGGGCUACAGAGCAUGCGCUUGCGCUCGAGAACGAUGACCCGUCGACAUACAUGUUGCUAUGCAACACGCUCGCCGGCCAGCACGAUUGGGACGGCGCAAGAAGGGUGAGAGGGCUCAUGGGAGCAGAAAUCCUGAAGCUGCCCGGGUCUUCAUGGUUUCAGUCCAUGUCUGACAGAAACCGAGCUUGUAUCAGGUGA